AGGCAGAGAUAACUCUUAAAAGUAAACACCCGAAUGCAUCUGUCUUAAAUUUGAUCAUCUUGUUUUAAAAUUGCACUUAGUAUAUGGUAUCGGCUGGAAUAUUUGUCAUAGAGUAGCUACAGUCAGUUUACGAUCAGUCAUCCAACAUGGAUAAGAAAUCAUUUGAUAUCGUCUUGGAUGAAAUUAGAAAGUGCGUCUUGACAGAUCAGCGGAUCAAGGCAAUAGAACAGGUGCAUGGAUAUUUCUCCAGCGAACAGGUAAUGGAGAUACUGAAGUACUUCUCAUGGGCUGAACCUCAGAUCAAAGCAGUAAAAGCACUUCAGCAUAAAAUGGUUGCAAUUCCUACAACCAAAGUGGCCAAUAUCCUAAAUUGCUUCACCUUCUCAAAGGACCGACUGAUUGUCCUGGAACUGAUAGCUCUGAACAUAUCAGAUGCUCAGAAUUACCGUCCUGUGGAGGACCUGUUCCGCAUUCACUUGUCUGAGAAGAAACGAGCCCGUAGGAUAUUGGAGCAGGUGUGUAAAGUUGGCUGUAAGGCUCCUAUAGCUAUGAUUUCUUCUUGUGGUAUGAUACCUGGCAACCCCUACCCCAAAGGCAGGCCCAGCCUGGUCAAUGGCACCUUCUAUGGAACCCUGCUUAUGAAAAAGGAAGGAGAGAAGAAGGAGGAGAGCCCUGCUAAUACAGAGGGGAGAGGAAUCGCUGCCCGGAUCAUUGGAUCAUAUAAACCUUUUCCUUCCACAUAUAAUCCUCACCGGCCCGUGCCCUACCCAAUCCCACCCUGCCGACCACAUGCUACCAUCGCUCCAAGUGCUUACAACAACGCAGGCCUUGUGGCUGUGGGAGGGGUUAUAACAGCCAGCGUGCCCCCUCCCCCCUACAGUGCCACCCACAAAGUAGCAGGUUACUCCAAACCAGGCAAUCCACAAAAUACCACUCCAGGGGUCAAUAGUGGGCCUCUUCUCAUUCCCCAUGGCUCCACGCCCUCCACCCCCGUCCCUCCCCAGGCCUCCCCUGUUCAGGCCCCGCCCACCACCCCCAUCACGCCCGUUUUUCCAGGCAUGGUUCCUGCUCAGAACACAGGAGCACCCCCCUCCUCCCCAGCUCCGUCCACAUCCGUCAUUAAGGCAGGUCCCCCUACUACGCCUGGUGGCUACGGUACACCCGCACCCCCAUCUGUCAUUAAAGCCCACACCCCAUCAGGAACCCCAUGUGGAACUCCCAUACCUGGCGCCGCAGGCUUUUCCCCCUCUUCUUUCCACAGUGGGCUUUCCCGACCCGGGACCCCAGCUACCUCCAGGGGCGGCCCUGACACCCUACCUCAGCCCAGCAAUGUGAGUGUGUCACAACAGAAGACAUUUCCCCUGUCUGCCGACCCGCAUUCAGGACCUAGCUUCCCUGGUAUUCCAACUCAGCCCAGUAACCUCGCCGGAUCAGUAAUUCGCAGCUACACCCCUUCAGAAAUGUCACCCAUCACCUCUGGAUCUACCACACCAGUAACUGGAAACACCUCAACACCAGGCCCCAGUCCCAAAUCCUCAACAGUGCAUUCAACCCCAGCCCAGGCUGCUAUGGGGUCAUCCGGAGUGCUCUACAGUGAUCAGCAGCGUGCUGCCCUGAGUAAACAACCGGCAGGCAAUAACAGUGGCUGUAACAGUCCUGUGCCAUCGGCUUUCAAAGGCACGUCUCGUUCUUGUACUCCCUCUGUGGGCUCUUUAGUGGUGCCAGGUUCAGCUCAGGCUGCCCUGGCCCGUUCCCUGGGUCUGUCCCACCCCUCUGGCUCCCCUCAAGGCUCUCUCCCCAGUCCUGCUGCCAUUGCCGGGAUCCAAGCCCUCCCCUCCAGCCCGGCUCCAUCUCAUUACCCUGGCCUCUCUCCUUUCUCUUCGCUCUCCUCCUCUCUCCCUUCCUCCUCUAUUCCUUCAUCCCUGACUUCGAUGGCUUCCACCACCAACAUCUCCAGCCACCCGCAGACGGUAGCUGCACCCAUCUACCCUGGCCUGGCUCCCAGUGGAGCCCCGAGUGCGGCCUCUCCUUUCGGGCUGGGCCUCACAACCACCCCCUCCAUAUUCUCAGGGCUUCCACCCGGCCCCAACCCUGCCACCUUUCCCGGAUUUGGCAGCACGGGUGGUCCAGGUGCUGGGAGCCCUGUGUUGUCAUCCUUCAUGGGACUCCCUGGAGCCACUGCGUCGUCUGUUGCAUCCGUAGCCCCUUUACAGGCGGCGGCGGCGGCUGCAGCAGCAGCAGCAGCAGCCGGGGUCCCGUCGUCAUCUCCGGUUCUGCCAGGCUUCGCCUCAGCCUUCAGCUCUAACUUCCAGCCAGGGUUGAGCGGUGGACUCCAACCUCCAGGAGGGGCUGGGUUUCCAAGCUUGCUUUCCUUCCCGGGGGUGCCAGGCUUCUCUCCCUCUGCAUCUCCUGCUUCCCUCAGUGGUCUCCACAACCCAGCCAUGCAGUCUGCCCUGCUGCAGGCUCACCCUGCAUCUACACUGGAGAGUUUCGCCCCGCAGCCCAAUGGAUUCACCAACUACCCUGCUGCCCCGGGAACCCCCUUCCCUCUGCAGCCAGGCCUACACCCUCAGCUCGGCUGGCAAUGAAAACACACACACACACACGCUAUAU